UUAAACUGUUGCACAGACUCUGUGCUGUCAGUGCACCACCGGAGCUGUGUCUGAGAGGAGGACUUUUCAUCACUGUAGCUUUGGAAGCAAAAUGAAGCGCAGCCACAAUUACAGCUCAUCAGACAGCGACCUGGACGAUAAUGUUGAGGUGGAGAAGGAUAGCUGCGACGAAAAUGGUCAGCUUGAUUCCCACGGCUCGAUGUCACCCUCCACAACCACCCAAGUUCAAGCCAGAAAAAGGCGCAGAGGGAUUAUUGAGAAACGGAGACGUGACCGGAUCAAUAAUAGUUUGUCAGAGUUGAGAAGAUUGGUGCCAAGUGCUUUUGAGAAACAGGGAUCAGCUAAAUUGGAAAAAGCUGAAAUUUUGCAAAUGACUGUGGACCAUUUGAAGAUGCUCCAUGCAUCUGGAGGCAAAGGUUAUUUUGAGGCCCACGCUCUUGCUAAGGAUUACCGCAGCCUGGGCUUCAGGGAGUGCCUGGCAGAGACAGCUCGCUACCUGAGCAUCAUAGAGGGUCGGGACGGUACAGACCCCCUUCGUAUACGUUUGGUGUCCCACCUCAGCAACUACGCGUCUCAGAGGGAGGUGCACACUGGACUGGAACACUUAGCCUGGGGCUCUGCCUACGGAACUGCCCCUGCCCAUCUCCCCCACCCCCUCCUCCUACAACACCCCCAGGGCAGGACUCCUGCAUCCAGAAGCAACAGUAGCCCACCCUCCUCCUCCUCUUCCUCUGCUUCCUCUACAUCUUCUUCCCCCUCCGCUGAGGCAUCUGGGACGUCCAGACUCGGUGUAAUGCCCCCCACAGAGACCCUCAGGGUGCCUCCAAACGGUUCGCUGCCCCUCAGUCUGUCUGUGCCAACCUCCAAGCUUUCGCCACCAGUCCUUUCAUCCCUCUCCUCGCUGUCGGCCUUCCCCCUCUCCUUCGGUGCUUUCCCUCUGGUGUCCCCGGCGGCCCUCAGCACAGUGAGCCCCUCCUCCACCCUGUCAAAGCCUUACAGGCCGUGGGGCACGGAGAUUGGGGCCUUCUGAAGCUAACAACUGGACUGAAGGCAACAGCUGAGCUGUGCCCACCACCACAGACUGGGCAGCACAAUCUGCCUCUGUUUUUAUAACAAUAAAACACAGGGGAACAAAGCAAACUGAUUUUAUUUUAUUAAAGAUAAAUGGGAGUGUGUCAUUUCUCUAAAGAAAGGGUUUCUAAAUGAUUUUAUGUUAUUCAUUGACUAAUUUAGUUAACAUGCACUGUCUCCAGGCUGAGGACUGAUAUGAUGAUGCGACAUAUGGGCCAUAAAUAGAUUUACUGCAAGCACAAAUGUAGAGGUUAUAUUUUGUACACAACAUACUGAAACUUCUACAUUUGUCGAGCAUGGACGUCUGUAUUUAACAUAAUGUAGAGUUACUUAAAUCAGUCUGCUUCUUUAGUGGUAUGAGAACUCAUGGAAAUGAAUAUGCAUAUUAUAUGUGCCAUUGUUGGUAAACUAACCACUUGAGAAUUGGAAAAUUGCAUUCUUGUAUCUAUUUGUAAUAUUUUUGUACCAAUAAAUUGAGUUAAAAGUAUAAAACAUGGAU